GAUCAGUUCGUUUUGUUCUGAUGAAAUGAAAGAUUAAACGUGUUAUUAGCAGAGGAGAGCUGACGAGCGGGUCAGACAGAGACAGACGGUCUACCUGGUCAUGGAUCUCCUGCUGAUGCUGUUGCUGUUGCUGUGGAGCUCAGGACUCCAGGCUGAAGAUAAACACCAAUCAACAGAGCCUGUCAGGUUGGUGGGAGGAGCCAGUCGCUGUGCAGGUACACUGGAGGUGGAACAGGGAGAGUGGAGACCAGUCAGAUAUGACUUUUUCUGGACCCUGAAGGCAGCAGCUGUUGCCUGCAGAGAAUUGGACUGUGGCUCUGCUGUAUCAAUAGGAAGCAGAGAUGAGUCCUCAGACAGACCUGUAUGGGAGAUCAACCAUAACUGUCCUCAGUCUGGAUCUACACUGAGGGACUGUGCAUUAUCAGAUUCCUCUUCCUCCAUCAUGGAGCUCACCUGCUCAGACUCUGUCAGGCUGGUGAAUGGGACUAGUCUGUGUUCAGGCAGACUGGAGGUGAAGUCUGAGCAGUCGUGGUCCUCAGUGUGUGAAGCUGACUUUGACCAGCAGGAUGCAGAGGUGGUCUGUAGGGAGCUUGGCUGUGAGGCUCCUUCAGUCCUCCAGGGGGCGCUUUAUGGAGAAGUGGAGGCUCCAAUGUGGACCAAAGAGUUCCAGUGUGGAGGCAAUGAGUCUGCUCUCCUGGACUGUAGAAGAUCAGACUCAGCUAGAAGACCCUGCUCACCUGGUAGAGCUGUUGGACUCACCUGCUCAUCUGGGACUGUCAGGUUGGUGCGAGGAGCCAGUCGCUGUGCAGGUACACUGGAGGUGAAACAUGGAGAGUGGAGACCAGUGAGUGACUCUUACUGGACCCUGAAAGCAGCAGCUGUUGCCUGCAGAGAAUUGGACUGUGGCUCUGCUGUUUCAAUAGGAAGCAGAGAUGAGUCCUCAGACAGACCUGUAUGGAGGAUCCACCCUUACUGUCUUCGGUCUGGAUCUGCACUGAGGGACUGUGUAAAAUCAUCAGAUUCCUCUUCCUACAUCGUGGAGCUCACCUGCUCAGACUCUGUCAGGCUGGUGAAUGGGACUAGUCUGUGUUCAGGCAGACUGGAGGUGAAGUCUGAGCAGUCGUGGUCCUCAGUGUGUGAAGCUGACUUUGACCAGCAGGAUGCAGAGGUGGUCUGUAGGGAGCUUGGCUGUGGGGCUCCUUUAGUCUUCCAGGAGGCGCUCUAUGGAGAAGUGGAGGCUCCAAUGUGGACCAAAGAGUUCCAGUGUGGAGGCCAUGAGUCUGCUCUCCUGGACUGUAGAAGAUCAGACUCAGCUAGAAGAACCUGCUCACCUGGUAAAGCUGUUGGACUCACCUGCUCAUCAGAGCCUGUCAGGUUGGUGGGAGGAGCCAGUCGCUGUGAAGGUACACUGGAGGUGAAACAUGGAGAGUGGAGACCAGUGAUGAGUGACUAUUUCUGGACCCUGAAGGAAGCAGCUGUUGCCUGCAGAGAAUUGGACUGUGGCUUUGCUGUUUCAACAGGAAGCAGAGAUGAGUCCUCAGACAGACCUUUAUGGUGGAUCCACCCUUACUGUCUUCAGUCUGGAUCUGCACUGAGGGAAUGUGCAUCAUCACGUUCCUCUUUUUCCAUCAUGGAGCUCACCUGCUCAGACUCUGUCAGGCUGGUGAAUGGGACUAGUCUGUGUUCAGGCAGACUGGAGGUGAAGUCUGAGCAGUUGUGGUCCUCAGUGUGUGAAGCUGACUUUGACCAGCAGGAUGCAGAGGUGGUCUGUAGGGAGCUUGGCUGUGAGGCUCCUUCAGUCCUCCAGGGGGCGCUCUAUGGAGAAGUGGAGGCUCCAAUGUGGACCAAAGAGUUCCAGUGUGGAGGCAAUGAAUCUACUCUCCUGGACUGUAGAAGAUCAGACUCAGCUAGAAGAACCUGCUCACCUGGUAAAGCUGUUGGACUCACCUGCUCAGAAAUUGUCAGGUUGGUGGGAGGAGCCAGUCGCUGUGCAGGUACACUGGAGGUAAAACAGGGAGAGUGGAGACCAGUCAGAUAUGACUUUUUCUGGACCCUGAAAGCAGCAGCUGUUGCCUGCAGAGAAUUGGACUGUGGCUCUGCUGUAUCAAUAGGAAGCAGAGAUGAGUCCUCAGACAGACCUGUAUGGGAGAUCGACCAUAACUGUCCUCAGUCUGGAUCUACACUGAGGGACUGUGCAUUAUCAGAUUCCUCUUCCUCCAUCAUGGAGCUCACCUGCUCAGGGCAGCAGGGGGUAGAAGUCAGACCCACAGGAGAACAUUGAGCUGGAUUAUUAUAACCUGGGUGUUUCCAGAGCUGAAGGAGAGCCGGCUGGAGAGGAAGGAGCUCGGGGAGCAGAGUAGGACCUCCGAGGAGCCACACAAACCCUCUGAAGAAGUUUGGUUUCAUCUCUCCUCUCAGUCUGACAGGUUUUUGCAGCCCAGCACGGCGAGGAAUGACGUCCAUAGUGUUCGAUUCCACAGCUUCUGAUUUCCAUCCAGCACCAACGCUCAGUGCCAAAACAGGAAGUAGUAAGACCUUUAUUAAAACCACUAGAAGAAGAGCAGAGAGGAGAUCUGAUCUGUAUAUAA